UGCAAUUCACAUGUGUUCAUCUCUUUAGCAGUGAGUGAUAUCAUCCACAGGGGCUCGGAGCUCGGCAAAAGAGCUCUAGAAAAGUUUUCUCUUCAGCCUUUGUCAGACUCUUUGGCCGUCACUGUAUUUUGUUGGUUGUCUUGUAUCGGACCGCAGCCCUGUGGCCUUCAUUCAUCGCCCACGAUAUAUAAAGGGAUGCAAAUGAUGCUUGCGACCAUCUCACACCUCCCAUUCUCCACCCCCAUCACUUAUUAAGAACCGAGCCAUGGUCGCCCGCUUCCAUGACAUAGGACCUCGUCGCCAUCGGUCCUUGCCGACUUAUACUGAGAUGUGCGAACGCCAACAUUGGGUAACUUACGACAUCAGCCGCAUCUAUAUCUGCGGCAAGAUAAGAAACGGUGUUUAUGACGGGGGCUUGUCUCGUUUGCUUCGUCACCUUGCGGACGUACGAGGACAAAAGCCUGUGGAAACUAUGGCCAUCAAUGGAGUUGCAUGGUCCGACCUCAGGGGAGACCGCUCCGAGUACCACACAGCUCUCAUGUCCUUCCCGACUAUCGAGGAGCUCUUUCUAGACAAUGUUACUUGCAGCCACAAUGAACUUGUUACUCUUCUGAGUUCCUACUCCCACCUCACCACAGUAUCCAUCGAAGGAGUGACAUUCGACGACUUCCCCAUAGUGUAUAACAGAAUCCCAGGCAGACUGAAUCCAUCAGUCAGUUCUCUAGCACUUCAUCUCGACAACUCUUCGACGUCCCUCCUCCACUUGCUGACGGCCCAAAACGGCCCCUUUUCGCUGUCGUCGGUGAAUUGUCUGGAAAUUUCCGGCUCGAACAAUCCUAUUCCAGGGACGAAGGAUCUCUUCGCCAACCUCGCUCCUGUCAUCGCCUCACCCAGAGAGAUAACAUUCAGGUGCAUAGCUAUGCAUGAGGAACUCCCUGCCCUCAAGAUGCCAUAUGUUUCCAACCUCACAUUUACCCUCGUUCUGGACAGGCGGCGCGACUACAUACAUUCUAUCAAGUGGUGGGCCAAGACACUCGACCAUCCCAGCUCACUCUGGAACCUGAAAAUCCGCAUUGAUAGCAAUGCCUCUCUGUCUGACAGAGACCAUCCAUAUUGGACCGACCUAGACAAUGCUUUGUGUAUGAACAAUCUUUCCCAGUUGCACGUUCAGAUUUCCCUUGGAAACAGUAUCAUACAAAGUUGCGUGCUCGUAGGGAGGGCACUGCGUUCGCGACUCCCCCGUGCUACUCAUCAAUAUGGGUCGUUGGGCCAGUUAGCUUGGUUGAACGAAGAGGGGAAUAUGCUGGAUUUGAACUAAAGACUUUCAUGAUUUUGAUAUAUUAUGGAUAGAAUUUAUGCAAAAUGAAUAAUACAUUGAGUUAGUAUCUAGAAUGCGCUGAAGUGCAAAGUGCGUUUGGUAGAGCGAGACAGCGCCAAAGGCAGCCGUACAAUGCCUGCAAGCCCGGGGCCCACGUCAAGGGAACACCCGAACGGAGGGGAGCACAUCCACUUCCGUUCUAUCCCCGGGGGGGGGGGGGGGGGGGACAAUACCGCGUAUUGUCGUUGUGUUGGCGCCUCACGCAGAGGCCAUCACUCGCUUAUAGUGCACUUCACACAAGCGUUGAUACUUUUACUG